AACAAUUUCAUCUCAGAAACUAUUCGUUGAAUCACAACCACAUACACUGAUCUUAUCAUGGCUUCUACAUCAUUUUCUCUAUCAAAUCAAACAAUUCACUCAACCAUUCAGCCGCCGUGCAACGCCACCUUCCGCCGCCCUCUUCGUAUAUCCGCCACUUGCGCCACCUCUGAGAGGACCAGUAGUACGAAGAUCAGCACUGGAUACGCUCCAAAACAGGGGUCUCUAUACGAAGUCCUGGGGAUUCAAACCGGUGCUUCUUGUCAAGAAAUUAAAACUGCGUAUAGAAAAUUAGCCAGAAGUUUGCAUCCGGAUGUUGCGUCGAACAGUGGAGAUGAAUUUAUGAGAGUGCAUACGGCUUAUGCGACUCUUUCUGAUCCGGAGAAGCGUGCGAACUACGAUACGGAACUUUUUCAUCGGAGGAGGCCGACUGCGCUGUCGGCGAGGGGUUAUUCUUGCCGGAGCCGGAAUUGGGAAACUGACCAGUGCUGGUAAAUCAAUUUGCGAAAUGAUUAGCUCAAAAUGUAGACAGAAGCUGGAACUAGUUUACAGAGUACAGUCUACUGUCUACAGUUACUUCCAUGUAAAUACAAUCUUAUUUGUAGGAUGAUAAUAUUUGUUAACAUCAUCACAUCCAUACAUUUUGUAAAUUGUUAAAAAAUGUUUUUUAAUUCAUUGGUCCAGAUUUCAUCACCUUCAACAUUA